AGGACCUCCUCUACUACUGCCUCUAUUGAGCAAGACCAUUUUAUCUUAUUCCCCCUUUCGGUUUCGAUUUAAGUACAAUGGAAUUACUCAAACAUUGCGCUUCAUGAAGCCUCCGUACAUAACUCCUUGAUUUGGACGUCAAUAUGAUCCCUAUCGGCGACAAAAUUGUUCCGGCCCCCCUUCCCUGUUUGGAAAAGCAUGACCAAGGUUGCCCCGGGUAAGAAGAAGUCCAACUGGUCUCUGCGCUACUUCUUCAUCUCAUUGUGAUCUAGUCGUGUGGAUACUCCUAAAAUUUGCGCGUUCCCGGAUCCGGUGAAUGCCUGGCGCCGGGAGAUCGUGAGUUUGACUUUCCGGUCCAGCCUGGUAACUACGAGCCGGUACCUUAUGCUACUCGUCUCAGGGAGGCAGUAGAGCAGCAAACUAAGCACACCCUCAUCUAUACCCCACAGACGAAUACAGUUUCUGAUGCAUGGACGCAGUGGGUGGCAGGGGUCAAGACGAACGAACCCAGGACGUCGACCAAGCGGCGGACGUUGGACGUGAAGAAGUGACAGUCCCAGGAGCGUCAGCUCAACAAGCAGUGGCGCUACAGCACGGAGCUGAAGAAAAUGUCCACGACCACGGGGAGUUUGUCUCGCCUGAGGAACUACAAAUAAACCAGCCUGGAGUAGAAGACCCAAACCCGCCGAGGAAUCUUGUGAACAACGAGGAGAUUUUUCUCGAUGCAAAUAACGGUAUUUUCAUUCACCACCCGGAAGGCGAAGCAGAAGCCGCACAACUUAUCGAAGCCGACGAUCCAGUAGAGGACGAAGACGAGGAGGAAGAUCAGGGCGAAGAUCAGGAGCACAACGACGACAUUCGCCAACUCCACCUGCGGUUCAUUGUUUACUCCUAUUUUUUCACCGUCGGGCUCUUCAUCCUCCUAGUGAUCUCCGACCCGCAAACGUACUUGGUGGAAGACGUAUCGUGUGGGAAAUAAAGGCCAUAGUCAUCUCCGCGUGAUAAAGGUUUCGAAAGCUCUGUAUUGCUCCCGUGAUUUGGAUUUAAGUACCUGCAUUUCUUACCUGGCUGAUGCGGGCUGGCUAUGUAUUUGUUUUGAAGAAAUCGGAUUCAUUCCGCUCGAUUGCAGUCGUAUCCGGUCUUUAAGUGGGUCUGCUCGGGUGCGAGCGUAUUAGGUUAUUUUUGCCAGUUAUUUCGUCGGUAACACUAUCGUCCGGACGACUUGUGUGUCAACAUGCAAACGAUGGAACGACUACUACGCAGUUUAUCUCUAAACUCGUUGCACGUGCCAUUUUUUUGCAUGGUGGGAUCAUCGACUUUAUGCGGAAAUGGCUCUUGUCCCACGCGAUACCCGGUACUCCCGACGCACUUGAUAGCAGUCCUGUCCGUCGUCUUCGUGGUGUCUCACAUCAACGGGAACCUGCUACGAGAGGCCUUCCGCAUGUUGUUCUCCCGCGCAGACACGUUUUGGGGAUUGACAUAAUCGAGUACACUGGGAGCUGCAGGGUUUUUUGCAGCUACUUGCCAGUACUACCUGUAG